GGCAGCCCUAUAAAGCCAGGAGGGCGGGCGGGUGGCCUUUUUUUCCGGGGCUGGUCCGAAGAAAGGGGCCUUUGCGCAGCCAAGCGAAGGAAGAAGGCCAGCAAGCGAGGAAGGAAGGAAGAGGAUCCAGCGCCAGAGCCUCUGCAGCCAUGUCUCGCCCUCUAACCGACCAGGAGAAGCGUAAGCAGAUCAGCAUUCGUGGCAUCGUGGGUGUAGAGAACGUGGCAGAGCUGAAGAAGGGCUUCAACCGGCACCUCCACUUCACCCUGGUCAAGGACCGCAAUGUGGCCACCACGCGUGACUACUAUUUCGCCUUGGCACACACCGUGCGCGAUCACCUGGUGGGCCGGUGGAUUCGCACCCAGCAGUACUACUAUGAGAAGGACCCCAAGAGGAUCUACUACCUUUCCUUGGAGUUCUACAUGGGCCGGACUUUGCAGAACACUAUGAUCAACCUGGGGCUGCAGAACGCCUGUGACGAGGCCAUUUAUCAGCUUGGAUUGGACAUAGAAGAGCUGGAGGAGAUUGAAGAAGAUGCCGGCCUGGGCAAUGGAGGCUUGGGCAGACUUGCAGCCUGCUUCCUAGAUUCAAUGGCCACCCUUGGGCUUGCAGCCUAUGGCUACGGGAUACGCUAUGAGUAUGGCAUCUUCAACCAGAAGAUCAGAGACGGAUGGCAGGUGGAGGAAGCCGAUGACUGGCUAAGACAUGGGAACCCCUGGGAGAAAGCCCGGCCAGAGUACAUGCUUCCCAUUCAUUUCUAUGGAAGAGUGGAACACACCCAGACUGGCGUGAAAUGGGUUGAUACUCAGGUGGUCCUGGCGCUGCCCUACGACACCCCUGUUCCUGGCUACAUGAACAACACUGUCAAUACCAUGAGGCUGUGGUCUGCUCGGGCUCCCAAUGAUUUCAACCUCAAGGACUUUAACGUUGGUGAUUACAUCCAGGCUGUGUUGGACAGAAACUUGGCUGAAAACAUCUCCCGCGUCCUCUACCCAAAUGAUAACUUUUUCGAGGGAAAGGAGUUGCGGCUCAAGCAGGAAUACUUUGUGGUUGCCGCCACCUUACAGGACAUCAUCCGGCGGUUCAAAGCCUCUAAAUUUGGGAGCACUGAAAGUGUCCGGACUGCUUUUGAUUCCUUUCCAGACCAGGUUGCCAUCCAGCUGAAUGACACCCACCCUGCCAUGGCUAUUCCUGAGUUGAUGCGAGUCUUCCUGGAUAUUGAGAGAUUGCCGUGGGAGAAGGCCUGGGACAUCACCACCAGGACCUUUGCCUACACAAACCACACUGUUCUCCCCGAAGCUCUUGAGCGCUGGCCAGUUGAGUUGGUAGAGAAGCUGCUGCCAAGACACCUCCAGAUCAUCUACGAGAUCAACCAGAGGCAUCUGGACAGAGUUGCAGCGCUGUUCCCAAAGGAUUUGGACCGCCUGAGACGGAUGUCCUUAAUUGAAGAGGAAGGGGUCAAGCGCAUCAACAUGGCGCACCUUUGUAUUGUUGGCUCACAUGCUGUAAACGGGGUUGCAAAGAUCCACUCAGAGAUUGUCAAGAGCAAGGUGAAUUCUGCCUCCCUUUUCCUCACCCAGGAAAACAAGGUCAAGUUUGCCCAGUACCUGGAGAAGGAAUACAAGGUGAAGAUCAACCCGGCAUCCAUGUUUGAUGUGCAAGUCAAGAGGAUCCAUGAAUACAAGCGGCAGCUCAUGAACUGCCUCCACAUCAUCACCAUGUACAACCGCAUCAAGCGAGACCCCAUGAAACUGUUUGUGCCCAGAACGGUGAUAAUUGGAGGCAAAGCUGCUCCUGGCUACCACAUGGCCAAAAUGAUCAUCAAGCUGAUCACCUCCGUGGGCCACGUGGUGAACAACGACCCCGUGGUUGGUAACAAGCUGAAGGUCAUUUUCCUGGAGAAUUACAGGGUAUCUUUGGCUGAGAAAGUGAUCCCAGCAACAGACUUAUCGGAGCAGAUCUCCACAGCUGGUACAGAGGCCUCGGGCACCGGCAACAUGAAAUUCAUGCUCAAUGGGGCUCUGACCAUCGGAACUAUGGAUGGUGCCAAUGUUGAAAUGGCAGAAGAAGCCGGGGAAGAGAAUCUCUUCAUCUUUGGCAUGAGGGUGGAGGAUGUGGCGGAGCUGGACCGGAGAGGGUACAAUGCUCAAGAGUACUACGACAGGCUUCCUGAGCUCAAGCAAGUCAUCGACCAGAUCAAGAGUGGGUUCUUUUCACCCAAAGAUCCUGACAUGUUCAGAGACAUGGUCAACAUGCUGUUCCACCAUGACCGGUUUAAAGUCUUUGCAGACUAUGAAGCCUACGUCAAAUGUCAAGACAAAGUCAGUCAACUGUACAUGAACACCAAGGAGUGGACCAAAAUGGUUAUCAGGAACAUUGCUUCCUCGGGGAAGUUCUCCAGUGACAGGACCAUCAAGGAAUAUGCUCGGGACAUCUGGCACGUCGAACCUUCUGACCUGAAGAUCCCCCCACCCAAUGUGCCCCGGGAUGUGGCAGAUGAGAUGCUGGCCAAUGACACGGCUGAGAAGCUGCACAUGUGAAUUUGGAAGAACCUUGCAAGUUUAGCCUGCUGUACUGGAUGUGAUGGGAAACACGUCCCUUUCAUUGCCUAGUGCAUAGCAGAAGUAGAUGUUACCCAUUGUUUUUCUUUUGUGUGUGUAAGUGCUGAAGGAGAUGGGAGGAUUUUUGGCAAUAUUGUAGAAAUGCAGAUAAAUUGGAGUGUGUGUGCUUUACAGAUUUUAAAUUUGGUUUCAGUGUCAUCCCUUCCCCUCCCCUGGGGUCCUGGGAAUUGUAGUUCUUGAUGCACUUGGGAGUUCCUCUAACUGGAAUUCUCUAUGAUCCCAGGGAGGGAGAGGUGGGUGUGGAGAAGUCAUAAACUCAAUAUCUCUCAAGACAGACAGGCCCAGAGAUAAAAUCUGCUUCUAAUCAACACUGUAAGAAGUACCAAUGGUAAGAAUGAGGGUGCAUCUACACUGUAGAAAUAAUAUAGCUUGACACCACUUUAAUUGCCAUAACUCCAUCCUUCAGAAUCCUAGGAUUUGUAGUUUUGGGAAGCACCAAUACACUUUGGCAGAGAAGACAG